CCCGGCGGGUGGCGCUUUCCCCGCAGCUGCCGCUCGGGACUCUGCGCUGCUGGAGACCGGCGAGAACGUCCCCGAGAGCCCGCGCUCCGGUCCUGCCUGCGGCUAGCUCAAGACCCAGGUCCGAGAGGAAGCGCUGGAGCCGGAGUUCCGUCCGCGCCAUCAGGACGCGUCUGCCCGACCUCGGCCCCAGCCGCCUGCCCUGGAGCCGCUGAAGGACGUCCACCUGGGCCUGGCCCCGCCAACCCGCGGCCCCGCUCGCCUGGCCCUGCUCUCGGGCCACUACCUUUACUAUCACUACGGCUGCGAUGGCCUGGACGACCGGGGCUGGGGCUGCGGCUACCGCACUCUGCAGACGCUGUGCUCGUGGCCAGAGGGCCGGCCCGCGGGCGUGCCCGGACUGACCGCCGUGCAGGCGGCUCUGGAGGACAUGGGUGACAAGCCCCCCGGGUUCCGGGGCUCCCGGAGCUGGAUUGGUUGUGUAGAAGCCAGCCUCUGCCUCGACCACUUCGGAGGGCCCCAGGGGCGCCUGUGUCACGUACCCCGUGGAGCAGGGCUUCAGGGGGAACUAGAGAGGCUUUACUCCCACUUCGCUGGGGGCGGGGGGCCUGUAAUGGUUGGGGGCGAUGCAGAUGCCCGGUCCAAGGCCUUACUGGGAGUCUGCCUGGGUCCAGGCACAGAAGCCUAUGUUCUGGUAUUGGACCCUCACUUCUGGGGUACUCCGAAAAAUCCCAGUGAACUACAGGCAGCUGGGUGGGUAGGAUGGAAAGAGGUAGGCACAGCCUUUGACAGCAACUCCUUCUACAACCUGUGUUUGACCACCUGCAACUCCCAGAAGCAGCAGCACGCCCUGGACUGAGGCUCAGGUCCCAGAAUGGAGACUAUCUCUGGACCCAAACAUACCUAAAUAAACCCUUUACUCCAAGGCAAAA